AUGGAGAAACAAUCCAGGCGGCCAUCUUUGUUGUCAUAAACGCGAAGUCGUGGGUCGCCGCAUCAAAAAACCGUCAAGAUGAGCAACAGAGGGACGAAUAGCAUCCUAAGCGAAAUAGAAUGGGACGAAGGAUUAAGUAUGCCCGUCGCCAACGCCCCAAACAAGGUGUUGGAAGACCAGGUACAAUCAAAACAAAGAGUGAUAGUUACUCACAAAGAGGACUUAGAAGAAACAGACGAUCGUAUACAUGCUAUGACAGAGCAUCUGAAGAAUGUUCGCCAAGAGCUACAACACACACAGAGUCUAGUGAAUGCCCGGAAGCACGAGACUCAGACUGAGAGUCACCUGUUGAAGAUUGCACAGAGAGAAGAUGGUCGACUACAACAAGAAAUCAAUAAGCUGGACAAGGAGCUGGAGGAACUCAAGGAGAAGAAAAACAUAUAUGAGAAUAACAUCUUCCGGCAGACCCAGAAGUUGGAGGAGAUGAAGUCCCAGAUGAACUGGGACCAGCAGGCGCUGGAGGCGUGGCUGGAGGAGUCGGCCAGGAAGGAUGAGGAUGCCAUGACGCUCCAGAAGUACACACGCCAGGAUGAGAGCAAGAUCAAGGAGCUGUCUCUACGCAUGGAGAAGCUGACUGACGAGGCUGCUAAGAAGCGUCAUCAGCUGGAUCAUGAGAUGACAGAAACUCUGACUGCCCAGAUUGAGCUGGACAAGACUGCUGAAGACUUCCGGAAGGCCCACGCUGAACGUCAGGAGCUGAUCCAACAGUGGGAGUAUACCAUCGACCAGAUGCAGCGGAGAGACAAGGAGAUGGACCUGCUGGCUGCUCAACUGGCGCGAGUGAAGAUUGAAGUGCGAAAACGUGAGGAGUCCAUCAAAGAGAAGCAACAGUUUCUGGAGUACGAGAUAGAGAAUAACAAGGACCAAGAAGUGAAGAUCUCUAGCGCUGAGCGGCAAUCUGCAAAACAACGUCUUGACCUACAGGAAGCUGACACACAGCGAGUACAGUUUCAAGACGAGCUCGAUGCCUUGAAGCGUACAGUUGAUCGCACCAACACAGAUCUGGAGGUGACAAGGUCACAAGUCAAACAGCUCAGAAAGGAUGUGAUCGAAAAAGCAGACAGAUUAGAAGAGGCUAAACUCCUCCGUGUGACCUUGGUGAAGAAGUUGAAGGUGGCGACGGAGUCGACGCUGACUGCUGAGGAGAGGGCAACUAUGAUGGGUAAUCUCCUCACCGAUGAGGAGGCUCGUCAAGAGGAAAUCGAGCAGGAGCUCAAACAGCUGAGAGACAUGCAGUUCCGUAAAGCUGAGGAGAUGUACGCAAGUAAACGAGACGAGAAGAACACAGAAGCUGAGAUACAGGGUAGUUAUGCAGCCAUGCGGAAUUUGAAUAGCAAAGUGAACAAACUGGAUCACGAUUCUCUGAAACAGCAAGAAAUCAUCUACAACCAGGACUUUUCCAUCCAACAACUGGAGCGUCGGAUCAACCGGAUGAGUGGAGAGAGGAGUAAUGAGGAGAAGAUUCAGCUGGAAGUGCGGAUAGCGGAACUCACCAAUGAGUUGGACAACAAGAACACCACCCACGUACUGCUGACAAGUCAGCUCAAGAGACUCCAGGAUGACAUCCGGCGCGUGACAAGGGAGCUUGGGGAAAGCGCCGAGAAGUCGGAUCUCACUAGCAAGAUUGAGGAGCUCAAUCUCUACAAUGACAGCUCAGAGAGAGAGCUGAGGAAGAUCAUCUCUGCCAAACAGGAUCUGAUGGUGGACGAGAACCUGAUGAAGCUUGAGACGAAACGUCUGAGGGAUACACUCAGCAACAAGGCCGACAGUGUGCUCAGUCUGGAGAAGAGGAAGCUACAACUGGAGACAGCUAUGAAGGAGAGACACCAGGAGGUCAACAUCCACAAGGACAUGUUAACAGCUCAGUUCCGCGAAGCCGACGAUGAGAGGCAGCAGAUCAGUGCCGAGCUGCAUGAGAGAAUCUCAAAGAUUGACAAACUCAGGAAGAGGUACGAGAUCCUGAUGGUGUCCAUGGCUCCACCAGAAGGGGAGGAGGAGAGAUCACAAGCCUACUAUGUCAUCAAGGCUGCCCAGGACAAGGAAGAGUUGCAGCGAGAGGGCGAUGAGCUUGAUGCACAAAUCAGGAAGGCCGAGAAAGAGAUCCGAGCUCUAGAGAACACUCUCAAACUGAUGAACAGCCGGAACGAAACAUACAGGAAGAGCUUCAACAAGAUCACAGAGACAAGUGAUGAGAUGGAGGAGAAGCAGCAGCUGGAGGAGCAGAUGCGGGCUGUGAUGGACAAGUACAAGUACAAGAGGAGGCAGAUCCGGGAGCUCCAGGACGACCUACAGACAAUGAGCAACACUCUGGACAAUCUUGCACGAGAUGAAGAUGCAUAUGUUGAUAUGAUUGAGGACAAGAAGAAUAGAAUUCUCCAACUGACCAAAGACCUUGAAGUCCAGAGAACAAAACUGGAGAGAGUUUCAAAACAGAAUGCCAAAUAUGCAAGAGAGGUCCGUUCUGCCAAAAAGAGCAAGGGUGAAACCCCAGAAGAGCGUGACUUUGAAGUCCGUGAGAUGCGUGAAUUCAACAAGAAUGUUAUGAAGGGUGUCUCAGAUGUUGUACAGGUCCACUCGGAGCUGAAUGAAGCUGUCAACAUGUACUUCUCUCAGGCUAACCUGCCACCCCCUACACCAAGCGGCCACCGUCCAGGCAGUUCUCGCAGCAGCCUGUCCUCAGCCCGCAGCUCUGUGUCCAGCAUCAAGAGCAUCCAGUCAACCCGCAGCAGACCUGCCUCCAUACAGAUCGGGGCGGACUUUGAAGGUCCUGGAUCUCCAGGCAGUGCCCGCAGCGGCAGCUCCAUCGCCAGUGUACGCAGCGACCGCAGCCGUACCAGCGUCACCGGCCCCAAGUAACAGACCACCUGCAUUCCCUCCAGCCAUCUGUGAUAUGUCUUUCAGAAGAUCUUUUAAUAUAGUACUUAUACUUAAGUUUAUUUCAUUGAAGGAACAUUCCAAUUUAUUCUGUUUUUAAAUCAUUACUUGUGUAAUAGGAGGAUUCAAGAGUUCUCAAAAUUAAUGCUUAGAAUUUAAGUACGUUUAUCCUCCUGAGGAGAAAAAUGAAGAUUACCUCUUGCAGGGAACAUAUUCAUUUACUUGUAUUUUUAUGUCAAGUACAAAAGUUCAUCACCUGUAAGCCAGGUGUUUUAAGCUUUCACUUGUUUCCUUUUUGUUUUUCUUCUUUAUUAAUGAAAUAUCACCCAAUGCUUUUUCUCACAGCAUGACUGGGCUUGUUUCACAAUACUGGAUAGAUGAGGCCAGACUUGAUGCUGGAUACUCUUUUAGCAAGUGAUUGUAUUGUCUCGUGUGGAAAUGAGAUGUUUCAAACUGAAAAGUAUUUAUUGUACAUUCAUAUUUGUCUUACCAUUGUAAAUAAUAUUAAGUGUGUAUUUAUACAAAUGUAUAGAAAAGCUUGUCCAGCAUGAAUUGUGAAUCACACAUUAAAUAAUGUAAAAGUGGAAA